ACUGUCUCUCUUGCACUUCCUCCUGCUUUGUUUCGCCCUCGACUCCACGCUGUUCUUUCUUGAUAGUUAGCGCUCAUAUGGCUAUAUUCAAGCGCAUGUCCCUGAAGCAGGGUAACACUUCCAGGACAAACGCAGCACAGCUCACGUUACGCCAAUCAAUCUACCCGCUCUGUCUCGUCACAGUGCUGUUCUUCCUCUGGGGUUUCUCUUACGGCCUUCUCGAUACACUAAACAAACAUUUCCAAGUGGUCCUUGGCAUUAACCGUGCCCGCUCCGCAGGUCUCCAAGCUGCCUACUUCGGCGCAUAUCCGCUGGCAUCAUUAGGUCAUGCCAACUGGAUUCUUCGUCACUACGGCUUUAAAGCGGUCUUCAUCUGGGGCCUAUGUCUCUACGGCGUGGGUGCACUGGUCGCCUGGCCCUGCAUCCUGCACCGGUCCUUUGGAGGCUUUUGCGCGGCCAUCUUCAUUAUCGGCAACGGUCUUGGGUCGCUCGAAACGGCAGCUAACCCUUACAUCACCAUCUGCGGUCCUCCACGUUACUCUGAGCUCCGCAUUAAUAUCUCGCAAGCUUUCAAUGGCGUCGGCACCGUGAUUGCACCGGUUUUGGGAAGCUAUGUCUUCUUCAAGAACACUGGCACGAACGAGCAGAGCUUGACGAACGUGCAAUGGGUGUACCUGGCGAUUGCUUGCUUCGUCUUCGUACUGGCUGUUGUGUUCUACUUCUCACCUAUUCCCGAGAUCACUGACGCGGACAUGGCAUUUCAGGCCGACGAGACGCAUGCUGGGACGGACAUUCGUCCCUUCUGGCAGCAGUAUCGGCUCUUUCACGCCGCUUUCGCCCAGUUUUGUUAUACUGGUGCCCAAGUUGCCAUCGCAGGCUACUUCAUCAACUACGCCACCGAGACCCGCCCCAACACAAGCGCAGCUCUAGGUGCCCAAUUGCUCGCCGGUGCACAGGGCGCCUUCGCCUUGGGCCGCUUCACUGGUGUUGGCAUCAUGAAGUUCGUCAAGCCACGUAUGGUGUUCUUGUGCUACCUGACCUUGUGCAUCGUCUUCAUCGCACCCAGCAUAACGCAGCGAGGGAACGUAGGCGUGGCGAUGCUGUUCGUCACGCUAUUCUUCGAGAGUAUCUGCUUCCCAACCAUAGUGGCACUCGGCAUGCGUGGGCUAGGCAAGUACAGCAAGCGUGGGUCAGGCUUCAUUGUCGGUGGUGUCUGCGGCGGCGCUGUAGUGCCGCCGAUCUUGGGCGCUGUGGCAGACAUGCACAACAGCACGGCUGUUGCGAUGAGCGUUCCGCUCGCUUUCUUCAUUGCGGCGUGGUCGUACAGUCUGUGCGUCAACUUCGUGCCUAGCUACCGCAUUCCGGUGGAUAAAAUAGGUGAAGCGAAGAUCGGCAUUGAAAACGUUGACAAGAAUGAUGAGGAGAGCGGAGGUGUCAUGCGUGGCGAGCCAGAGAAGGGCACAAUCGAGCACGUGGAAAGUCGUAUUCCUGCAGUUAGGGAGAACCACAGCUAA